AUGCUACUUGUUCUUGUAUUAAUUCAACUCAUCUCUGCCUAUGAUGUUUACAUAGUCCCACACUCACACUGCGACCUUGGCUGGCUGGACACCAUAGAUGGCUAUUACAACUCUCAUGUUGGCAAAAUACUUGACAACAUCGUGACUGUUUUGCAAAAAGAUGUGAGAAGAAAAAUAGUGUGGUCUGAGACCUCAUUCCUAAAGCAAUGAAUCAAUAAUAGUCCAAAAUCGAAAAUAGAUAUUUUCAAAAGACUUGUUAAGGAUGGGCAAAUCGAAUUUGUCGGAGGCGGGUAUGUGCAGAAUGAUGAGGCCAACCCAGAUUUCGAUAUGGUGAUCAGGCAAAUUAACAUGGGUCACGAAUACCUGAAGCAAGAGUUCAACGUGUCAAGGGUGCAGGUAGCUUGGCAAAUUGACCCUUUUGGAUACUCUGCCUUAACCCCGAGUAUUUUCUCGAAAUUCGGCUAUGAGUAUUUAGUAACAAAUAGAAUUGAUGUGAAUUUCAAAGAGCAGCUGUUUAAAGAAAAAAAUAUUGAAUUCAUAUGGGAAGGAGUCAAUUUUGGUCAUAAUGAGUCUAUUUUGCUUCACAAUCUGUAUGAUCAUUAUAUUUUUCCUGACUUUUUCCAUCAUGACAACCCAAGACACUGCUUCACUUCAGACGAUUUAAACCAAAAUCUUCCUGACUGGUAAAUUUUAUUUAGCACUGGGCGUCUUUAUGAUUUAAUUGAAAGAAGGAAAAAAGCUCAUAGACAUGAUAAUUUGAUGAUUUUGUAUGGAGAUGAUUUUUAUUAUGUAAAAGAAUGGGAUUCUGAGAUGAAAUAUAGGAGAAUUGAGGCAAUCAGAGAAUAUAUGAGCAAAAAAUAUCAGAAUAUCAAUAUAAAAAUAGCCACUGCAAGCGAAUAUUUUGAAGCAUUAAAAGCUCAAAAAAUUGAGUUUUCCACAUAUAAAGCUGACCUUUUCCCAUAUGUGAAUCAAAGAUCAUCAGGAGAGCCUGGAAUAUGGACAGGAUAUUACACAACAAGACCUCAUUUAAAACAGAAAAUUUUUGAGAAUAAUCAGCUUGCUAGAGCAGCUGAAAUAGCACAGUCUUUAAGCCUUGGGACUAAUUUUUAUGCAUGGGAAUCAAGCCUUACUUUACAUCAUGAUGCUAUCACAGGAACAUGUAGGCCUCAUGUUGCUGAUGAUUAUAAAAAUCGGCUUGCUUUUGAAAGAAAAAAUGAAAUAAGAGCAAUAAAGGAUGCGAUUAAAGGGAAAUUCACUGAAGUCAAUGAUAGUUUUGCAUUGGCUUUACCAUAUAGAGUAGUUAUUGUUUAUAACCCGUUAAACUGGGAAAAGGCUAGCCUACUAAGUUUUGAGGUUGAUAAUGGCAAGUUUAUACAAAUAAAGGAUUGAAUGGGGAAAAUUGUUGUUUCCCAGUCUGUUAAAAACCAAAUGAAUGAUAAAAAGACAGUCUAUAUCAAACUAAAAUUGCCUGCACUUUCAUUUGUUACAUUAUUUAUCAAUGACUACACAGAGAAAUGCCCUUUUUGUGACAGUGAUUCUGAACAAUCUACAGAUAAUUCUAUAUCUGACAAGUUUUUCACAAUAAAUUUUGACGAUUCUGGACUGGUUGAAAGCAUAGUAACGUCAAAUAUCACUUAUCAGCUGAGCCAAACAUUUUGAACUUACUCAGGAAGAAGUGCUGGAGCGUAUUUAUUCCAACCCCCAGAUUCUGGGAAUCAAAUAAAAGAUAUGAAAUUAGAAAAAAUUGUGGUUUCCAAAGGAGAAGUAUUAGAAACUAUUGAAAUCAUAUGAAAAAGAUCCCAGAAAGCGCUGAAUAUAGACCACUACUAUCAAAAAAUAAUUCUAUACGGAGAGCCAAGGUUCAUUUGGAAAUAUGGACUUUAUGCAACUAACAAUGAUGAAAUACUAGUCAGGUUUUCAAGCAAUGAUAUAAACGGAGACAAAUGGUUUCUUACCUCAAACUCAGGAGACUUAAGGGAGAGAAAAUACUAUCAAGAAAGCUCAAGUCGAAAAGGUUACAAUAUGUAUCCCAUCCCAGGAGGUUUUGCUGUGAAAAUGAAGCAGAGCUAUUUAAAAUUUUUCCCAAAAUUCUCAGUCGGCGUUGCGAUGGUAGACAAUAGCUCUUUUGAGCUGCUUCUUCAUCGAAAGCUUCAGCAAGACGAUGGCUUUGGACUAGGCAUGGGGGUGUCUGAUGAUACUUUUGUUCACUAUCAUUUUGAGGUAGAUUUAGGUGAUCUUACACACAAAAGUUAUAUGAAAUCCUAUUUAGAAGCUAAAACAGACGUUUAUUCUUUUACUCUUGCUAACCAUAACGAUAUCACAAUUACUGACGAUAUUUGGUCUGAAGGCGCAAUUUUGAACUUUAAUUGGAAUAAACAAAGAAUUUACUCCUUAGGAUUCAACAGCUCUGACUUCUACCUUUCAAGUGUAGGGAUGAAAAAUGGCAAGCUAUUUAUGAGGGUUCUAAAUCUGAAAGACUCCCAUCAGAGUUUGCAUGCAAGUGGAUGGAAAUUUUCAAAUAAAAGCUUGUUUAAUGGGAAUUUGAAUUUCAGCACUUACCCUUAUCCAUACAGAGCAAAUAAGGAAAUUUCUUUUAUAAACAGAGCAGACACAGGAAUGAAAAAGCUGCUUCCGAAAGCAGAUGAGGAGUCUGAUGGAGAAACGAUGAUGAAUCCUUAUGAGUUUGCAGCUUAUUAUGUUGAAAGCGUUGCAGCAGAUGAGCAAGAAAACGAAAAUAAUACUAAAAGUGAAUCAGAUAAUAUAGAAGAAAGCGAAAGCGGUAUAAAAAGUGAACCAGAAGAUAGAAAUCAAACUAAUGGAAGCAUAGAAAAUAUCGAAGAAAAUAGCAAUUCUGAAGAAAAAGAUCCUGGUGAGGAUGAUCAUAGUGAAAGCACUGGGAGCAAAAAUCAAGAAGGAAACAAAAAUGAAACUGAUAAAAAUCAAGAAGAGGAUUUUAAAAACAGUCCUGAAGAAGAAAGCCGAAAUAGUACUGAUGAACACCAAUCAGAAAAUAAGAACGAAGAAAUAAACAACGAAAAUAACAAACAAAUAAAAGAAAACGAAGAAAGAAAUAUGGCAGGAAAUGAAACUCACUACAUUAUAGUAAACAUCUCAGAUGCUGAUGAAGAAAAACUAGAUGGUUCACAGAUAAUCGAGUUUUGCAUACUCUUUGGCGUAUCUAUUGUGUUUUUAGCCAGCAUCAUUAUCUAUAUUAGGAGAAAGAAACCUCGUAUUAUAAGAGUAAUAUAA